UCGCUGUCACUCACUUUUUGCAUUGCAUCGCCUGAACUUCGGUUCCUGCACCACCUAGUUUGAUCCCCCAUUCCGUUUCCUUGUUUGACAAAGGCACGCGCCUGGUCUAGACUAUCAGCUCUUUUAUUUAAUUAACCGACAUUUAGUAUAUUGACAACGACAGCCGCUUCACUUACGUUGCCUGCAAUGUCUGAACGAGAAUCAAGGUCCAAGCGACAACGAACGUCCGAUGUAGAUUACAGAGAAAAGAAGCGAUCGAAAAGAGACGACCCCGGCUCACCAGAGGAUACUGGCCGUUCAUCACAAAACUCAGUCCAGAAAGAGUGUCGAAGGCUGUAUCAAGAGAUUAGAGAGUUGGAGGACCCUGAAGAUGGUCACCUUUUCUGCGAUUUGUUUUUGCAACCUCCAUCGCGUCGGCAAUAUCCUGAUUAUUACGAAUUGAUCAAAAAUCCAAUUGCUUUGAACAACAUCAAGGCCAAGAUUGAUAAAAUGCAAUAUACCUCCGUGGACGACUUCAAAGCCGAUGUCGAACUGAUGGUCUCCAACGCGAAAAAAUACAAUGUAAAGGAGUCGUAUGCUUAUCAGGAUGCUAUCAGGAUUCAGAAAUUCAUCAAAGGAAAAGCACCAGCUGGCACAAAGGGUUCCAAAGGAGAUGCAACCAGUGAACAUGAAUCUACAUCUGCAGAGCCUGCUAAUAAAUCAGCUACUAUCAAGCUUCCUGCUUUAGCAUUCGGCAACAAACAGGCUACGCCAGCAACCGACUCAAGGAUCAAAUCCAUCAAGCUUAAAACAAGUGUCAAGCAACCUCAAUAUAAUAUCAAUAACCUGAUGACCGCUAUCUCGGAGAAAAACUCAAAGUUGGCGGUGGAGAUCCUGGAAUCGGAUUCUCCUAUCAACGUCAACGAACUGGUAUCGGUCGACAUGUUCAAUGAUACGUUUACUUGGAGCCCACUGCAUGCUGCUGCUUACUAUGGUGAAACCAAGGUGAUCAAGGCGCUCAUGGCAAAAAAUGCCGAUAUUGAGAUACAUGAUACCUGGUAUGAAGGUACACCGCUAGCCUGGUCAGCCUUUGGAGAUCGGGACAAGGCAGCUAGAUUAAUGGUUGAGAGAUACAACGCCAGCAAGAAGGCAAAGAAUGUGCAUGGACAAAUUCCCCUUGACUUGGUGUCGGAUCGCGAUGACCCUCGCUGGGCUGGUGUCCUCACUUCCACGCCGUUGCCGCCAGCACGGCCAAGUCCUUCAGGUUCGGACUCUACCAAAGCUGAAUCCCUUCCAGUUGUUCGAAGAUCCUCCGAAGUCGUACCGAUGCCACCAGCACCCAUCAUUAGACAUGAUGUACCUCCUACUCAACCUCAAUACGCACCUGCUUUAGACGCACGGUUAGACCCCAUUGGUCUGAUGCGUGACGUUUUCAAAAACGUUCGAAAUCACACUGAUCAAUAGUAAGUAUGGUUUGUAACAAUAGUUAAUGUUCA